UUGUUAGUAAACUUGUCAUCGAGAAAGAAAUCACGUUUCUAGGCGGAAAUUAUAGCUAUGUUAUAUUAUAAUGUAAUACUUUAUAUCAUUAUUACAUUCUUAUCUAAACUUUCCAUCACAGACUUGAUUAGUUUUAUGUCUCCAUAGCGUAAUCAAGAUGCAAGAUUCAAACACGAAAGGCGAUGAUAUAAUUUACCAGACACAGCACGACAUUUUCAUGCGCCUACUUCCUGUUAUUGUUUGCGGAGCAAUUCUGGGCGCAGUGGGGAUAAUCGGCAACAUUUUUGCGAUGAUCUUUUACACAACGAAGUCAAAAGGAACCACGACUGUCAACUUGAUAAUAAGCCUGUCAGUAGUAGACUUUAUUGUGUGUUUACUGGUUAUCCCAAAUCUUGUUGAGGUAAUACUAAACGUGGGAAACACUCAAAGGUUUCUCUGCAAGGCGACACAUUUUCUCAGUUUGUGGACCGUUGCAAGUUCAUGUAUUUUGUUAUGGGUCAUUUCAAUAGACAGGCACAGAAGAAUCUGCAAACCUUUUGCUAAACAGAUAAAAAUCCAUGCAGUCAAAUACAUAGUUGCUAGUAUUGUCAUAUUUUCAUUUGCACUGGCAAUUAGAAAUUUGAUCAUUUAUGACACAGUUGCUAUAGAAAUUUCAACAUCAAGUAUAAAUAACAAGACUACAAUUGGAUAUUACUGUACGAUUACGGAUGAUCCAGAGUUAAAGAUUAUUGUUUCUUCUUUCUAUGCACUGGAUUUUCUCCUCAUCUUAAUAGCUUGGGUUACCAUCAUUGUGACAUAUUCGAAUGCAAUUUUUAUUUUGAUGAAGCAGAGACGUAAAAUGAAGCGGCAACUGCCAAAACUGCAACACAACAUCAAACGCGAACAGAGCAUAACGGAAACAAGCUACGGUACAUGUGAUGCCGAUGGAGGUAGUGACUGGAAUAUAUCGGAAGACCUUGAUGUAUCAAGAGGGGUGGAUGAGGAAAGUUCAUACAGAGAUGAUAAUGAUAAAGCACAUACGUCUCAGGAUGGAAAUCAUCGGCCUGCUAUGCUUACUGUCAACCCGAGGGCACAUUCUGUCUGCAAUUUAUCAAAGCGAAAUGAAAAUGACAUAAAGUCUUAUGUCAAACUCGUCGCAGUCAAAAGUGUCAUAGAACGAAACCUUACCAUUAUGAUGUUUGCGGCAUCAAUUGUUUUCAUUCUGAGUUUUACCCCUUUCUUUGUGAUAAGAGUAAUCAUGAGGAUUUAUCUUGGUACUGGGGUAGAUUACGAACUGAAAACAGUAAUCCAGUUUGCAUUAAAAUUGCCAGUUCUGAACAGUGUCUUCAAUCCAGUCAUUUACUGUGUUUUCAAUUCCAAGUUUAGGAAGUUUUUAAAAUGUGGGUUUUGACCAUUUUGACAAAAAAAAAAUGAAUGCAAAGGCUGGUGUGAACCACAUAAAAAUCUGAGUGAUGACUUCGAGUGAUAACUACAAAUACUAAACUGAACAAAAGAUUAUAGUUAGGGUAACAUACUAAACUUUCAUUCUUCCAUAAUAUAUUACGCAACUAUGAUAGUGAAAAAAACGUCUAAACCUUGAUCUUCGUUCAUGUCUUGAUGGGAUUAUAUGUCAGAUGAUUACUUAUAUCGAAACUGAGAUAUAUUCUGCGCGUUUCAAUGGGUCUGCGUAGCUAUAACAUUGAAGAACAAAAUACCAAAAGAAGAGUGGCUGUUAUAUUUUCAGAAGGUCUAUGAAAAUAAAUCAUGAAUUGCUUAUAUUCAAAGAGCUUCAAUGACUGAGUUUUUAUUUAAUUCGUUGCUUCUACCCACAGAUUUAUCCGUGCCUGAAAUAAUUUGUAGAAGGAUUCACCACAAGCGUUGCAGUCAUCAUAUAACAUAAAUUGCGCCAAUUUGACAUAAAAUGGGAUUGUUUGCUCAUAUCAUUUGAGCAGCGCCAUGAGAAAACCAACAUAGUGCGUUUGCGACCAGCAUGGAUCCAGACCAGCCUGCGCAUCCACGCAGUCUGGUCAGGAUCCAUGCUGUUCGCUUUCAAAGCCUAUUGCAAUUAGAGAAACUUUUAGCGAACAGCAUGGAUCCUGACGAGACUGCGCGGAUGCUCAGGCUGCUCUGGAUUCAUGCUGGUCACAAACGAACUAUGUUGGUUUUCUCAUGGCCUGGCUUUUUUGUUUAUUCUUUAAAGAAAUCAAUGCCUACAUUCUAUUGUUUAGAAAUGCAUAAUAAAUUUCAAAUGUAAUACUUUUCACAAAUCAGUUUUGUAAUACAUUGUAUAUAGCAUAUUUAAAUUAGAAAUAUCUA